AUGUCAGACUCUACAGCUCAAUCUAUCAGACAACUCAAGAUCAAAACAGGAGUUGUCAAACGCUUACAUAAAGAAGAAUCUACUUAUAUCCAAGAAGUGGUAGAUCAGAAGAAGGUGGUACAGAAAUACAAGGAUGAAGGUAAAGAUGGAGCUGAUAUAAGAGCAGCGGAGAGAGUUUUAAGAGAUUCGGAAAUGAUGGUUCCUAGAACUAGGAAGCAGCUGGAAGAGGCAUUUCAGACUCUUGAGGACUUGGUAAACGCCCUUCGACCUGAAGAAUCGAUUUCAUCCUCUCCAGAAUGGCAAGAUGCUUUCAGUCAAUUGCAGCAAGUGGAGACCGCUUGGAAGUCCGAAGGCAACUAA